GUUUUGAAUAUCUUUACAUAUGAAAGAAAUAUGCCAAUGUUGCCAAAAUGUUUACCCGUCAAAACAUCUAUAUUAAUAUUAUUUAUGACACGCUGUGAACAAAUUUGGUUUAUACGUUUAUUUUAAAUUUGCUAUGAUAGCUUUGAUUUGAACAUAAAAAAUUUGCCCGCAGAGACGUGCAUUAAUAAUUAAAUUUAAUAUUGUGAUCUUCGUACGAAAUAUAUCAAUUUUAGGUACUUUACGUCCUCCAUAUUUGUUUAUGUUGUUGAAAAUUAUUUUCUGUUUCAGUAAUGUUUCAACUAUUUGGUGUUCAAUGGGGAAUUGCAAAAUAUUAUGAUUUUUUUUUUUUAGCGAAUGACCAGUUUCUCGGGUGGAACUCCCCCUUAAAGAUGCAACGUGUCCUUUUAAUAAGCGAAAAGCCCUGUAAAUAUGCGAUCAGUCUUUUCAAGAUGAGACGAACGCUAUAAAAGUGCGAUGAGUCCUUUAAUCUUAUUCUUGUUUUCUGUUGUUCAGCAGGCUCACGCCAGAAGAACAGUGUUCUUUGUGAUGCUGGCUGGCCUGGCGUGGACAGACUUAUUGGGCCAACUAGCCACUGGACCUGUCCCUAUCGUCAUGUACCUGAACAACCUCCAAUGGGUGGGCGGAAUGCCCUUGUGUAUCUAUCAUGGCUUCAUAAUGAUCUCCAUCAGUGUUGUGACUCAUCUAAUCGUGGGCUGCAUGUCCCUGGAGCGUUUCCUCGCCAUCCGCUUCUCCUACUACUACGCCAGACGAGUGUCCCGGUUCAAAGCCCAGAUGACGUUCCUCAUCUGCUGGGUGGUCACCUUACUCUUCGCCAGCCUUCCCUUCCUCAACUUCGGCAGUUACGAGCACCAGUUCCCCGGCAGUUGGUGCUUUCUGAGUUUCCAUUCCAACAGCACAACCGACGCCAUUUUUGCGGGCUCCUUCAGCAUGUUGAACAUCAUCUCUACUACUGUCAUGAUCAUCUGUAACACUACUGUUGUGAUCACUCUUCUGCGCGUGCGUAAACGGAGGAGUCUGGAAGGUUCUCCAUCUGCAGGCAGGAAGGUGUCCGUUGGGAGUAAUAGUGGCGCCCUCAGCGCACAGGGCAACGUGAUCCGGAAAAAGAAGCAUUCAGACAUGGAAGCACAGAUGAUUUGGUUCCUGGGUCUCAUCACUGUGGCCUUUAGCGUGUGUUGGCUGCCUCUCAGCGUAAGGAUUCUUUUUGCCAUUUUAUGCCAUUGUCAAAACGUCUUUCACAACAUAACUACCUACAGUCAGUCGUCGUGGCCUUUCUUCAUGGCUCUUGGUUACGAGGAUGAAUCUCAGGAAACGAUGAGGAAGGUUCACAUCCUCAUCACUCAAAUCACUGGAGUAGCUGACCAGUCGACGGACCUGAUCGUUGUACGGAUGGCCGGCUUCAAUCAGAUUCUUGAUCCCUGGCUCUACGUCAUCUUCAGGAAGAGCAGCAUCACCAGAUUCAUCCGCAGACUGAAACGAUGUUUCUAUCCCAAAGUUCUCAACCGUGCCCCGCCCCGCCGCCCCCCGUAUCACCAUCCUCGUUACGUUGUGUGCCACAGAUUCAUAACGAGUGACAACCCAAUCCUGGCUCGGGCAGCAGUCAACGGAUUGGUGGACCGAGCACCACGACACUGGACAUCGCCGAUGAGAGACUCAGCUGACCAGAGCGGGCCAGCAGAUGAGGACCAGAGUGUGCACUACGUCAAAGGAAAUUCCCACAAAGAAGGGCCAGAAUAUUGUCAAGAUACACAUAGUGACGUGAGUAGUGACAGCUCCUCCAACUUAAUCCAGGUGUGCCCGUACUGUAGCUGGGCUACCGACGACGAGAACUUCGAAGCUUUUCACUCUCUCGCCCGGCUCAGUCUAGAUAUGUCGCCAACAGCCACGCCCGUCCGUCCCCGGAGAUUCUUCUCUGGCUCCGGUAAGAAAAGUACCACCUGCAGUAACGCCGCGUGCCACUCGGGGGAAUCCGAGCCCAGGGACAGUUCCCAGACUCAGGGAGCAUCCUCGAAGAGUGAUUCCAAAACAUUUAAGAAAAAGCGCAAAAGAACGGAAUCCGAACGUAUUCUUCGAGCUGCCCACCCCUCUCUUCAUGCGGUAGCCUCUUUGCCACUUGUCAAACUCGUUCGAAAGAGAACGUCUAAAAGAUCUUUACGAAUUUAUUAUAGGAGACCCUCGACAGACCAAACAGAGCUGUCUUCAGAGAUCUCAGAAAGAUACAAAUCCCGAAACUCAACCCAAAAUACUGGUGUCUGCAGCACGAAUAUAUCAUUGAAUACAUCAUCAGACAAAGACAAUGUAGAGCUUUCAAAAUUUCGGAAGGAUCAUUUCUCCACAAGUUCGUUGUUAAAGUCGCCUCCAGCAUUGUCAGAAAAAACACAGAAUAUGCCAGUGUUUUUCCCCACCGUCAAUAAUCAUGAUAUACAAACUCGGGGAAAUUCUGACUCACUCAUCGCUGAUGAUAAUAGUUUCGAUGCUGGUUUUGCUUCUGAACAAAGUGUGGAAGCUGAGACGUGCGGCUUUCAGAAGUCAGAAAAAGGCACUUAUGGGGCAAACAAAGACAAAGAGCAUGUGCCCUGUACGGACGAUCUCGGCCAAUGUGCUGAAGAGGAUCAUGCAGAGAUUCCACCUAAAAGUAAGCCUUAUGUGACCUCCAAAAAUGCAGAUCAAAUCUCCCUAGAUUUUAAACCGCUCACCUUGGCAACAAAUGACUCCGAUCUGGAAGAUGACGUCUUCGUUAACAGCGACGACGAAAACUCCACUUCAAAACCCCUCAGACCGUCCCCAAAAAAUAACAUACACAACCAUUCUACCACACCCCGUGACAUUCCUCCCUGACCAAAAUGAAAUCUAACAAUAAGUCUAACAAUGAUUGUAAAUAAAGAUCGUAAAUGUGUUUUGCUCCCAUCCACACAAUUUAAGUCAUGAUCUAGAAGGCAGGUCGUUGAAACCGAGACUUUCAUGGCCAGCUUGCAAUUCAUAGAAAGACAGAGAUACUCGAUACAAUAUCUCGCCUACAUGGGAAUCGAACUCACGUGUUUCUUGGGCAGAGAGGAAUGGCGUGACAGA